AUGUCAAAUUUUUUUUAUAAUCCAUCUGAUAAAUAUAUCCGUCUAUAACCUUACAAACAAAGUGAAGUUCCAUUCACGACUAAAUGUGAGAAAAAAUCCUUUCAUUAGAAAAGAAAAUUUCUUUAUAGAAUAUUGAUAGAAAUAAGCAAGUUAACUGAAAAUAGAGGCAUUCUGUAAUUAAAUACUCAGACUUUAACUAAAAAAGUUGUUUUUUUUUAAAAUGUUGAUGAAUUUUUCGAGUAGAUACUAUCCUCUACCUUCUAAAAGUAUAUAGUAGAUGCUGUUAUUGAAUUAUCAUAAAAAAUUAAAUACUCACCUACUAUUACAGAUGACGAUAAAAAAGAAUUUAUAAAAGGCUUAAAAAUUUCGGAGGCAUAAACAAUGAGUAGUUUAUGUAAAUAAAAAAAAAAAAAGGCUUAAAAUAAAUUACGAGGUAUUUUAGAACAAUAAGUGAAUAAUGAAACUCAAAAUAAUUUAAAUGACAUUGAAAAUCAAAUAUAAGAAAGCAUUACAAAUAUCAUAGAAAAUUUAUAGGAAAUUUUUACUAAGGAGCAAUGA